GGGUUUGCAGUUAAACUGAGAGACUGUGGACAUGAAAUAGCCAGUCUUUGUGCUGAUUACUACACAGGCCAAUCAAUUGGGACUAUUUGGUCAAGUUUCUGGUUCGGUAAUCUGCAUCUCUGGGAAUACAGGUGUGUUAAAAAGGCUGCCUGCUGUUUGAGGAGUUAAGGGGCUCCCUGUUGACCCCAACGCACCUCCGAUGAACCCCAUCAACUCCAUGAAACCUGGCCUGGCCCCCAACCCACACAGUGACGGCUCCUACUCCUAUGACCCCUCGAACUGGCAGCAGGGGAACAAUCAGCCGGCUGGAUCCCUUUCGGUGGUGACCACUGUCUGGGGUGUGACCAAUCCCUCAUCCAACCAGGGUCUGGGUGCUCCAAUGGGUCCGGGGGGUAACUCUGGCGGGGGCCACAUGAUGGGCCCCGGGGGCGGUCCUGGUAUGGGAGGCGGGGGCUUCAUGGGGCAGCAGGGCUACCCGGAGCCCAACAAGGGCUACAUGCAGCAGGGCAUGUACGGCCGGGCACAGGGGGGGUACCCUCCAGGACCGGGCUACGGCGGCAGUUACCCCAACAACGGCGGAGGAAACAUGGGACAGCAUGGCGCCCGCCCCCCCACGGACUUCACCCAGGCGGCCACAGCGGCCGCCGUUGCCGCGGCGGCCGCCACGGCGACCGCCACCGCCACAGCAACAGUGGCGGCCAUUCAAGAGAAGCAGAACCAGGAGAUGAACUACGGCCAGAUGAGAGAAGCAGCGGCUUACAACAACCAGUUCCUGUCACACGCCGGCCCCCGCGGGCCCCCCAACAUGCCGCCCUCGGGCAUGGGCCCUGCCCGGCCCUCCUCCAUGGGGCCCAUGUACGCCCCCCAGGGUCAGAGGAUGCCCCAGCACCCCGGCUACCCUCCCGGGGCCCAGCAGGCCCAGCUACGGCCCCCCCAGGGGCUCAAACGACCGUACAACCCCGAGGGCUUCCCCAGCCAGCAGUAUGGACCAGGCAUGGCGGGCCCAGGUCAGGGUCAGGUUCCGGGCUACCCAGGCCAGCCCAUGCAGUACCACGGACCUGGUCCCCAGCGCUCGGCUACCUCCCCCUCCUACCAGAACCACAAGAUGCCCAUGCAGCAACCGGGCAUGCAACAGCAAGGCAUGCAGCAGCAAAGCAUGCAGCAACCAGGCAUGGGCCAGUACCCCCCCGGACCUGCCAACCCUGGGCAGUACUACAAGUCUGAGCAGUUCAACGGGCAGGGAGGUGCGUUGAACGUCCUGACUGCAGGGGGCCCUGGAGGAAACUACAACUCCUUCAGCCAGAACAAUCCUGGAAGGGGGAUGCCUGGCUACCCCAGCUCCCCUCUCCCAGGUAACCCCACCCCCCCCAUUACCCCCGGCAGCUCCAUGGCCCCCCCCUACAUGUCCCCUGGCCAGGAUGUCAAGCCCUCCUUCCUUCCAGACAUCAAGCCCAACAUGGCCAAUCUUCCCCCGCCUCCGCCCACAGGUAACCCUAGCGACGACCUGCGGCUGACCUUCCCUGUGCGUGACGGUGUGGUUCUGGAACCAUUCCGUCUGGAACACAACCUGGCGGUCUCCAAUCAUGUCUUCCAGCUCCGAGACUCCGUCUACAAGACCCUGAUGAUGAGGCCUGACUUGGAGCUGCAGUUUAAGUGCUACCACCACGAGGACCGCCAGAUGAACACCAACUGGCCGGCGUCGGUGCAGGUGAGCGUGAACGCCACGCCCCUCACCAUCGAGCGGGGCGACAACAAGACGUCCCACAAGCCCCUGUACCUGAAGCAGGUGUGCCAGCCUGGACGCAACACCAUCCAGAUCACCGUCACCGCAUGCUGCUGCUCCCACCUGUUUGUACUCCAGCUGGUCCACCGGCCGUCCGUGCGCUCCGUGCUGCAGGGCCUCAUGAAGAAGAGGCUGCUGCCUGCAGAGCACUGUGUCACCAAGAUCAAGCGUAACUUCAGCAGUGGGACCAUCUCGGGGACCCCGGGUCUGAACGGAGAGGACGGCGUGGAGCAGACCGGCAUCAGGGUCUCCCUCAAAUGUCCAAUCACCUUCCGGCGCAUCCAACUGCCUGCCCGGGGCCACGACUGCAGACACAUACAGUGUUUUGACCUGGAGUCGUACCUGCAGCUCAACUGUGAGAGAGGAACCUGGCGCUGUCCUGUGUGCAACAAGACAGCUCUGCUGGAGGGUCUGGAGGUGGAUCAGUACAUGCUGGGAAUCCUCGUCUACAUCCAGAACUCUGACUAUGAGGAGAUCACCAUUGACCCCGUGUGCAGCUGGAAGCCAGUUCCUGUCAAACCGGACCUACACAUCAAAGAGGAACCGGAUGGACCGGGUCUCAAGCGCUGCCGCACCCUGAGCCCCAGUCACAUGAUCCUGCCCAACGUCAUGGAGAUGAUCGCCUCCCUCGGCCCUGGCUCCUCGCCGUACCCCUCCAUGCCACCAGGGGGCAACAGCUGCACCCCUGACUACCCCAACCAAGGACCAGGGUACUCCAACCAGUCUGGUUUCUCGGACUUCUCUAACGCUCCCGGGACCCCCAAUGUGGGAGAGUUCUCCUCCGGCCCACCGCCUCUCUCCUACCAGUCGGACCUCCCCAGCGGACUCCUCACCCCAGACAAACCUUCAGGACACCCAAUGUCCGGCCAGAUGUCUCAUCCUGGCCGUCUAGACUCCUCCCACUCCUCGCUCCCUCCUCAGCAACAGCAGCACCACGGUCUCCAUGGAAACUCCCACAUGGGCGAAGGCGGGGGUCCAAUGAUGCAGCAACGCAACCUGCCUUCCCAGAAUCCCCGGCUACACACAGACAACUUCAGCCUGGGAGGCCCGCCCGGUUCUGACGUUUCAGAACCUUCUCUGGACCUGCUCCCGGAGUUGACCAACCCAGAUGAGCUGCUGUCCUACCUGGGCCCUCCCGAUCUGCCCAACAACAACAACGACGACCUGCUCUCGCUCUUCGAGAACAACUGAAGCCUCCUGAGUGUUCGGCCUCCUCAAUAUUUCCCGUCACUCAACUUUAGAUACACACCUAACCAACCAAUCGCAGGGGUUGAAAAGACUCCCUGUGGUUUAGAACACCCCCUGGGCCAAAUGCGGCUAACGAGGAUGUGGGGAGGGGGGGGAAAAACUUUUAAAUAUGAGAAUCUUUGUUUGAUGUCAUUUGUCUGACUAUGAACUAUGGUAACAUAUUUUAUUGUUUUAUAUCUAUCUGUAAACUAUUGCCUCGUCCAAUCCCUUAUCGCUACCUUUCUCUUGGUGAAGGGUCAUGUUUUACUGUCAUGGCUGCAUUUUAGAAGGUCUAUUGUGUGUCAUCUGAAGGGAUUAUCAAGAUGUCUGUAAAUUAAAAGUCCAUACGGUUGUGAUAAGUUUAUUUCCAGCUGCGUUAGUUGGGUUUGAAAAUGUCCAUCACAUUAUGAUUAAAUAACUUAGACCUUUUUAAUUUAAUAAAUGGAACAUGAACAAAG